AUGAUAACUAUUCAAAGCAAUGUGAUUUUGAUGCAUGACUUGCUAGAACAACUGGGUAAGGAUAUAGUUCACGAAGAAUCUCCCAAUGAUCCUGGCAAACGUAGUAGACUAUGGUUUCACCAGGAUGUAUUCCAUGUUCAAAUAGAAAACACAAGUACAAGAAAGAUUAAAGGUAUCAUGAUGAAGUAUCCAAAACCAGAUGACACACCCUUGAUCUUGAAUGCAAAAAGCUUAUCUAGGAUGAAUUGCCCAAAUGUGACAUCUAUAAAUUUAAGUGGGUGUGAAUUCUUAGAAAAAAUCUCUGACUUGUCUGGAAUCCCAAACAUAAAGUUCUUGAAUCUAAGUGAGUGUACAAAUUUGGUUGAGGUUCAUGAUUCUGUUGGAUUCCUUGAUAAACUUGUUAAGUUGGAUCUUAGAGAAUGCGUUAAGCUUACGAGGUUUGCAACAAGACUUAGAUUGAUAUCCCUUAAAAGUCUUUGUGUUCGUAAUUGCCAAAGGCUUGAGAGCUUCCUAGAAAUAGAGGACAAGAUGGAAUGCCUAACGAUUUUGAAUAUGGAAGGAAGUGGCAUAAGAGAACUGACUUCAUCAAUUGCAAAUCUUACAAAGCUUCAAGAAUUGAGAGGUGAUCAUUAUGCAACCAUAGUUGAAGUAGAUCCUGAUUCAGAUGAGGAGCGCGUUGCUGGAUGUGAAGUUUGUUUUGAAAUUCCUCCAAAUGUAAAAUGGGAGUCGACAUUAAGUGUACUUCUAUGUGUUAGUUAUCAUGAUCCUUAUUAUUUUCAUGCCAAGAUUCUUAUCAAUGGAAAACUCAUCAAUGACAUAUGGGUUAGGGAUGAGGAUCCAACAGAGACACAGGAAACUCGUAUGUGGCUCAAGUGUAUUCCAUUAUCAGAUUUGAAUCCGCAAGGGAAAGGAAGAAAGACGGCAAUGCAGCAGGGUAAUACUAAUACUUAUAGAUUUCAAGUUAUAUUUAACUUGCCAGACCCAGAUGGAGGGCCGAUAGGCGUUAAAAGCUGCGGGGUUCACCUAUUAGGCCACCAGGUACAGGUUGACGAUGAUGAUAUAACGAUGAUGAAUGAAUCAAAGACUAGUGUUGGGAAGAAGAGGCCUCGUGGAUCAGAAGAAGAGCAAUGGCUUUGCUCAUCAUCUUCAGAACCAACGAAUCAGCCAAACCGGAGACAUAUUGCUAUUGACGAGGACCAAAAGUGUGUCAAUUGA